CGCAUCAAUGUGUUGGAAAGCUUUGACAUUCAGAUCGGAGUUCGAAGCAGGACCACCCUUCACCAAGAAACGCUGGAUCAUAGAGAAGAGGCGAGAGAAAUGACGCAAGACACAAUGGAUGCUGCAAGCUCAAGAGGGAGCAGCAGUGGAGCAGCGAGCUCGCAGCUCGAUUCGCUUUCGUUUGCCUUGCUUACCUCCUCAACGCCUCUCGACGCCCGCUUUCGAGCUCUCUUUACGCUCAAAGGCUUAGCCUCUGCUCAAAGUUCACUUGUAGGGGCAGUUAUAGAGAUCAUCGGCAAGGGCUUCGCGGAUGACUCGGCGUUGCUCAAGCACGAGCUUGCCUACUGCCUCGGCCAGAUCGCCGACCUACGCGCCGUUUCCACGCUCGAGAGCGUCGUGCGCGAUGACAAACAGGAUAUUAUGGUCCGGCACGAGGCGGCCGAGGCACUUGGCGCCAUCUCGAGCUGGCAGAGUCUUCCACUACUCAAGGAGUACGCUCAGCGCCCAGGAGAAGACAUCAGCGUUGUUGAGACGUGCGAGCUAGCGAUUCACAAGAUCGAAUGGGACCAUUCCGACGAAGGCAAGAAGCAGCGAGCAGAAGAAGCCGAAAGGAAGAAGCAGGCUACCGAGGCCGGCGCUGGAGGGCAUGAGGCAUUUGCGCCUAUAGACCCUGCCCCACCGCUGGCCGCCAAGGCAUCUCUAUCAUCAGGGCAAAAGGAUGCCGCAGCCUCAUCACUUUCCUCCCUCGAUCCAGCAGUGUACGACAUUGUCUCCUUGCGAAGCAUACUGACCAAUCGCGACCUGCCGCUCUUUGAACGCUACCGCGCUAUGUUCUCCCUGCGCAACGCCGUGCACGCGUGCCUACGUGCCUCCGAGCAGACACACGUGCGCGAGAUCCCGCCGCAGCAGGCGCGCGCUGAGUCGCGCCUGCUUCGACAAAAGGCUGAGCAGGCCGUGCUCGCGCUCGCCGCGGGCCUCGAGAAGGGCGAGAAGUCCGCGCUAUUCAGGCACGAGAUUUGCUUCGUCUUCGGCGAGCUGUGCCACCGCGCAAGCAUCAAGUCAAUGCUGCAAGUACUCAACGACAGCGAGGAGCAUGAAAUGGUCCGGCACGAGGCGGCCGAGGCGCUCGGUGGCAUCGCCGAGGAAGUAGGCGAGGACGAGGACGGCGAGGCGGCAUCUGCAGAGCCAGGAGAGGACGAGCUGAAGAGCGUCAUGCACGCGCUCAAGCGAUGGGCCAACGACGCAACUGCGCCGCGCGUCGUCCGAGAAAGCUGUGUUGUCGCGCUCGAUGAGAUGGCCUACAACAACGAUCCGUCGCAGUUCCAGCCCAUGGACUCUGCGCCUGUUGCGACGGCGGCGUAAAGCGAACCCACCUAUAUGUAUUCACAGCCAUGGUUCCUGAUUCGUUCACUCCAACGCACUGUUUGAAAUCGUCCCCAUUUGCCCGUAGCAUUAGUGUAGUACAUUUGCAAACCCAGAAGAGGAAUACAACACCGUCCG